AUGAGGGGCCUCUCCAUCUGUACCACCUCCCUCCUGAGUAUCAUCCAGGUCAUCACCAUCAGCCCCAGCACCUUCUGCUUGUCAAGAUUUAAAUAUAAACUCACAAGUCAUGUUAUCCAUGCUUUCUUCUAUUUUUGGUCACUCAGCUUGUCUUCCAGUAGCAACAUGAUUAUCUGCACUGUAGCUCAUUCCAAUAUGACCGAUGUACUCAAUGUCAGUAAGUACUGCUCACUUUCUUCAAUGGACCCCAUCACCAUGGAACUAUAUUUCAUUCUCACAUUGUCUCAAAAUGUCUUCUUUGUAGGAAUCACGUUUCUCUUCAGUGCAUACAUGAUGAUUUUCUUAUCUAGCCACCAGAGGAAGUCUGGGUACCUUCAUAGCAUAAACACUUCCCCAAGAACCUCCGCAGCCACAAUUGCCACCCAAACUGUCCUGCUGCUGGUGAAUUUCUUUGUGAUCAUGUACUGUUUGGAUAUCAUCAUCACCUCCUUCUCAACCAUGUUGUGGAAAUAUGAUCCAGUUGUUCUGGAUGUCCAGAGGCUUGUGGGAAGUGUUUAUGCCACUAUCAGUUCCUUGGUGCUGAUUAGUUCUGAUAGAAGAAUAAUUGGUAUUCUUCAAAAUGUGAUUGAUAUAAUAUCGAUUUUAAAAAGUUCCUGA